AUGGAGUCGGCGGAUGGGGUGGCGCGGACGCUGCCCAGCAUCGGGCGGCUGUCGCGAGGACCGCCGUUCGGGCGGGCGCACGGGCGGUUCGGGCUCAGCCCCAGCGGUCGGCUGCUCCCGCCGGCGCCGCGCUCCCAGGAAAACGCAGAUCCCCAGAAAACAGCAUUCCUACUGCGCAAACAGUGGACCUUAUACAGCGUGACCCCUCUGUACAGGUUCUCUAACGCUCAUCUGAGGGAUUACGCCAGGCUGCUUAGUGCUUUUAUUGCUGCCGAGAAGCAGAAAGGAUUGGCGGUGGAAGUCGGGGUUGAGCUGGCCAUCAAAGUGGCUGUCUCCAGCCUUCCAGACCUGAAAGGCAGCGACCAAGACCAGGCUGCGAUUCUUGUGCAGCUUUCUUCAAGAUCACCAGCUUCCCCAAAAAACUCGGAAGAGAAACUGAUAUGGUCAGGCUGGUUCUGCUGCGUGUCUGGAGAUGAUCUUUCAGAGAACGUGGCAGAGGACUUCACUUGUUUACCUUUGUUUCUCGCUAAUGGGGCAGAGUGUUACACAUCCAUUGUUGGAAGUUGGUUUCAGAAGACUUUUGACUGCUGCUUCCGUCGUUUAGCCAUCAGCCCCCUCAAUCUUAGUUGGAUGGCAGCUAUGUGGACUGGAUGCAAAGUGGACAAAACCACAUCUGCCAUGGAACUUGUUUUCUCUGUCCCCUGUCUGCCCCAGCCUCUGGAUAUUUCAUAUGCCAUUCAUCCAGAGGAUGCAAAAGCUCUGUGGGACACAGUCCAAAAGACUCCAGGAGAGAUCACUCAAGAAGAGGUGGAUGUCUUUAUGGACUGCCUUUACUCUCAUUUCCACAGACACUUUAAGAUCCACUUGUCAGCUACAAAACUGGUGAAAGUUUCUACAGCAAUUGCCUCAGCGCACUGUGAUGGGAUUAUAAAGUUUCUACAAAGCCAAUACCUAACUGGAGUGCUGAUGCUACUGACCGAACUAGCAAUCUCCCAGAUACAGUGAGAGUCAUUUCAGCAAAUCUUCAUGCUAAAA